AUGAGUCGGUGCAUAAAGAUCCACGAGAUCCCGUUCCGCGACCACGCCAACAACGUCUCGCUGAUGGUCUUCUGGGCGCCCUCGGACCAGCCCCUGCCCCCCCUGUACAGCUUCGCCAUCUACGUCACAUGCCCGGACACCUCCUCGCCCGACCUCUUCGACGCCGCGGACCUCCUCAGGGCCCUGUGCGAGUCCAGCUACGCCCCCGAGACAACCGCCUACCGCCUGGACGUCUACUUUGCGCCCUGGGCCACCGUCGAGCACUGCAAGAAGCACUACGACGCCGAGAGGGCGUCCAGGGGCCUCUACACCGAGCAGACCGAGGCCCUGCGGAACCCGAUCGGCUGGAGGGGCAGCACCAGCAGCGAGAUCGCCGCCUCCACGACCAGGCAGCGCCUCCCGGGCCUGGUGCCCUCUUCCGCCGCCAGCACCCCGGAGGAGAUCGAGCUGGAAGGGGGUGGGGAGCCGCUGGACGAGACGCUCGAGAUCGUCGCGCAGACGGCCACGCAGAGGCUGCCCGUGUGCCCGGACCCGGAGGAGUAUGACGGCUCCGGGACGGUGCAGGGAAGGAUGUACGACAUGCUGCUGCUCAAGGAUGAGCAGUUGAACGAGCCUUAUGAGGAGGCGCUGGCGCGGGGGUGGAGAUCGUGGUGA